GGCAGCCUGACCCGGAGGAGAAGCGCAACGGCCAUUUUGCUCGGAAGGGGGCCUCGGCUUCAACACGUGAGAGAGAGGAUCCUGAAGACACCUCUACCAGUCCGGGACGCGUGCCUCCAGUGGCACCCUAUUCAUGUGUGAACCGACAGAGGCGUAGCCAGCCAGCACCAUGCCCACCAUCACCCUGCCGCCGAAGGAGAACGCUCUGUUCAAGAGAAUCCUGAGAUGUUACGAGCACAAGCAGUACAGAAACGGCCUCAAGUUCUGCAAACAGAUCCUCAGCAACCCCAAGUUCGCCGAGCAUGGAGAGACGCUGGCCAUGAAGGGUUUAACCCUCAACUGUCUGGGGAAGAAGGAGGAGGCCUACGAUCUGGUGAGACGAGGCCUGCGCAACGACCUCAAGAGUCACGUCUGCUGGCACGUGUACGGCCUCCUGCAGCGCUCGGACAAGAAGUACGACGAGGCCAUCAAGUGUUACCGCAACGCGCUCAAGUGGGACAAGGACAACCUGCAGAUCCUCCGGGACCUGUCCCUGCUGCAGAUCCAGAUGCGGGACCUGGAGGGCUACAGGGAGACCCGGUACCAGCUGCUGCAGCUGCGCCCGGCCCAGCGCGCCUCCUGGAUCGGCUACGCCGUGGCCUAUCACCUGCUGGAGGACUUCGAGAUGGCUGCUAAGAUCGUGGAGGAGUUCCGUAAAACACAGCAGACGUCUCCGGACAAAGUGGACUACGAGUACAGCGAGCUGCUGCUGUACCAGAACCAGGUCCUGAGGGAGGCCGGCCUCAACAAGGAGGCGCUGGACCACCUCAACACCUACGAGAAGCAGAUCUGUGACAAGCUGGCCGUGGAGGAGACCAGGGGGGAGCUGCUGCUGAGGCUGGAGAGGCCCGAGGAGGCUUUAGAGGUCUACAGGAGACUGCAGGAGAGGAACCCAGAGAACUGGGCCUACUACCAGGGCCUGGAGAAGGCCUUCAAGCCAGGCAGUACAGAAGAGCGUCAGAAGAUAUACGAGGACUCGUGGGUGAAGUUCCCUAAAGGCCUGGUUCCCCGGAGGCUUCCUCUCAACUUCCUGACAGGGGAGAAGUUUCGAGAAUGUCUGGACGUCUACCUGAGGAUGAACUUCAGUAAAGGCUGCCCCCCCGUCUUCACCACGCUCAAAUCCCUCUACGGCGACGCAGAGAAGGUCACAAUCAUUGAGCAGCUGGUCGUCGGCUAUGAAAGUUGUUUAAAAAGCUGCCGAAUGUUCAGUGAGAACGACGAUGGGAAGGAGGAGCCCCCCACCACCCUGCUGUGGGUUCAGUACUUCCUGGCUCAGCACUUUGACUUCAUCGGGCAGCCCGGCGUGGCUCUGGACUACAUCAACACCGCCAUCGACAGCACGCCCACCCUCAUCGAGCUCUUCCUCAUCAAGGCCAAGAUCUACAAGCAUGCAGGUAACAUCAAGGAGGCGGCUCGCUGGAUGGACGAGGCCCAGGCGCUGGACACGGCCGACCGCUUCAUCAACUCCAAGUGUGCCAAGUACAUGCUGAAGGCCGGGCUGGUGAAGGAGGCCGAGGAGAUGUGCUCCAAGUUCACCAGGGAGGGGACGUCCGCGGUGGAGAACCUGAACGAGAUGCAGUGCAUGUGGUUCCAGACGGAGUGCGCUCUCACCUACAAGGCCAUGAACAAGUUCGGAGACGCUCUGAAGAAAUGCCACGAGAUCGAGAGGCAUUUUGUGGAGAUCACGGACGACCAGUUCGACUUCCACACCUACUGCAUGAGGAAGAUGACGCUGCGGUCCUACGUGGACCUGCUGAAGCUGGAGGACGUCCUGCGGCAGCACCCCUUCUACUACAAGGCGGCCCGCACCGCCAUCCAGAUCUACCUGGCGCUGUACGACAAGCCGCUGGCCGACGACAGCAAGGAGAGCCAGGCCGACACAGAGAAUCUGACAGACAAGGAGCUGAAGAAGCUGCGCAACAAGCAGCGGAGAGCGCAGAAGAAGGCGCAGCUGGAGGAGGAGAAGAAGAACGCCGAGAAGGAGAAGCAGCUGAAGAACCAGAAGAAGAAGAAGGAGGACGACGACGAGGAGAUCGGAGGCCCCAAGGAGGAGCUAAUACCAGACAAACUGGCCAAGCCGGAGAACCCUCUGGAGGAGGCCGUCAAGUUCCUCAUCCCGCUCAAGAACCUGGUACGCAACAAGAUCGAGACCCACCUGCUGGCCUUCGAGAUCUACUUCAGGAAAGAGAAGUACCUGCUGAUGCUGCAGUCCGUCAAGCGGGCCGUGGCCAUCCAGGCCUCCGACCCCUGGCUGCACCAGUGCCUGGUGCGCUUCUUCAAAGGAGUGGGUGAGAGUGCAGACCUUCCAGAGGCUGUGCGGACGGUGCUGAAGCAGGAGAUCUCCAGACUGUUCGGGGAGAGCAACCCUCAGAGCUUCAACAAGAACUACCUGAGCCAACACUCCAACUCCAUCCCCCACCGGCUGGCUGCUGCGAAGAUGAUGGUGUACCUGGAGCCGUCCUCCGACAAGAUGGCGUGUGAAAUAGCGACCGCUCUGGACGAGUCGCUGUGUGGGCGGAGCAUCCAGAUCUGCACCGAGGUGCUGGAGGCGCUGCGCGACGGCCAGCUGGGCGACGGCCAGCAGAAAGCCUCGGAGGCCUACCGGGCCGCCUGCCACAAGAUCUACCCCUACUGCCUGGCCUUCAUGCCCCCCGGUUACCAAGACAACAGCACCGUCAUCAGUGCCAACGGCGACCUGUCGGCGGGAGAGCACGACGACAUGGCCAACGAGAUGUGAGCCGCACACCGGCAGGGCGGAGGAGGAGGAGGAGGCAGCGCCAGCACGCCGUCAGACGCCUUAGUCCUCCAACCAACACACCCGUUUCCCCCGAGCCCCGCCCCCUCCGCGCCCCGGGCCCCGGGCCCCGGGUCCCGGGC